AGUCCGCCCCCGGUGGUUUCCGCUCGUCCCCCGGAGUUCCUCCUUGGACAUGUACUGGCUGGACGGCUCCAGUUGACUCAAAUCCUCGGUGUUGGCGCCUAUGGAGUGGUCUAUCUCGCCAUCGAUAUCCUCACCAACACCAAUUAUGCCGUAAAGGCCUUGAAUAAGGUUGGUCUGGAGCCCAGGCAACGGAAAUUCCAGAAGCGUGAGAUCCAGCUACACUACAUGGCCAACCAUCAUCCCGGAGUCGUUUCCAUGGUCAAAAUCCUGGAGUCUUCAGACACCACCUUUGUCGUUCUCGAAUACUGUCCGGAAGGGGAUCUCUUUUCUAACAUUACAGAGCGGGGGAGAUAUGUUGGCAGCGAUUUCCUGGCAAAGUCUCUUUUCCUACAAAUCCUGGACGCGGUUGAACAUUGCCAUAACCUGGGUAUCUACCAUCGGGACCUGAAGCCGGAGAACAUCCUCGUGACCGAUGGUGGUAAGACGGCCAAGCUUGCCGACUUUGGACUGGCCACCAGUGACCGUGUGACAUCCGACUACGGCUGCGGUUCGACCUUCUACAUGUCACCAGAAUGUCAACAAAGCAACCCAAGGGCCUUUUCCAGCUAUGCCUCUGUCCCCAAUGAUGUCUGGAGCCUUGGAGUCAUUCUGGUUAAUCUCACCUGUGGCCGAAACCCAUGGAAGCGGGCCUGUUUUGAGGAUACCACAUUCCGCGCCUACGCCCGGGACCGGAGUUUCCUACCUACUAUUCUUCCCCUUUCCCAGGAGCUCAAUGGCAUCUUGACACGCAUUUUCGAGCUGGAUCCGUCCAAGCGGAUCGACUUGCAAGAAUUGCGGAGGUUGAUCGUUGGCUGCGAUCGCCUCACCACCACUCCUCAAGUUCAGCCGAUCACUGUCCCCCAACAACCCAUUACCCCCCCUCUCUCCCCUUUGGCCUCCAUCUUCCAGCCC